AUGUCGUACCCAUCAGAUACCCCGUCUUCUCCACCAGUCCGCUCUCCGUCGUCACAAACCUCACCGCCGCCCCAGCGCUCUACCCCCAAUCGCUCGUCUUCCUACUUCACAUAUCCCGUAUCCUAUGCAGUCUCGGGCAUCCUGCGACGACUGAACACGGAAACGAGUCCUAAAUCAGACGCGCAAUCACGAUCGGGGUCCAACAGUAAUCGCAACAGCAUAGGCAACGUGCAAUCGCAGUUGCAGUCCACCGCAUCUUCCCUCUCCAACACGUUUGCGAGUCUCGUCUCCUCCACUACCUCAGAUAUGAACGCCGUCUUCCAACCACCACACCGGAUAGCCAGUCCUUUCCAACCACCGCCGUUGACACCGCUGAGCCUAAAAGGAUGGGGAGGUGGCAUGCGAGAAAAGGGCAAGCUCCUGAGCACGGCGCUGGCAGAAGAGAUCAGGCUCCUGCUACCUCCAAGGCUACAGCUGGUGGACGAGUGGAAGUUGGCAUACAGUCUGGAACAGAAUGGUGUCAGCUUAGGGACGCUAUAUAAGCAGUCUGAGGAUUAUUGGGGAAAGAGAGGCGGCUUCGUGCUUGUGGUCAAGGACGGCAGUGGAGGUAUCUUCGGCGCAUACCUCUCAGACGCCCCACGUCCCUCUACGUCAUUCUACGGCAACGGUGAAUGCUUCCUGUGGCGCGCGCACAUACUCCAUGGUUUCUCUGACCUGCAGAUGAACCUCCCACCCCCACCGUCUGAAGACACAACAGACGCUGUGCGAAUGACUACCAUAUCCUCGCCGAAGAGAAAGGGCGAUUCGUUAGCGCCGCCACAGAAUGGUCGGGCCACUAAGAGCGGUGCGAGCACGCCAGAAAGGAUAAGAUUCAAGGCAUUCCCAUAUAGUGGGGUGAAUGACUACAUGAUCUUCUGCGAACACAGCUAUCUGAGUGUUGGUGGCGGGGACGGUCAUUACGGUCUAUGGCUAGACGACAACCUCGAGAAUGGCGUCUCGGACACCUGCCCUACGUUUGGCAACGAGCCAUUGAGCGACGAUGGCAAGAAAUUCGAGGUCAUGGGUGUUGAGUUGUGGUAUGUCGGCGUAUAA